AUGGCCGAUUCAACCGAUGCAUUGUCUUCACCGACAGCUACUGCCACCAAGGGCACAAAGCGUGAAGCUGAAUUGGAUGAUGUUAGUCCAAGUAAAUUAAAAGUAUUAAAAGCAACAAAUGGUACUAAUGGCGAAACACCUACCGUAGUUGAUGAUGAUUCAUCUAAUCAUAAAAAUGGUGAUUAUCAUGAUGAAGAAGAUGAUGAAGACGAUGAAGUAGCUGGAGAAGGUGGUGAAUUCGAUGACGAAGAUGGCUCGGAUGAUGAUUAUGAUGAAGAUGAUGUAGAAAAUGGUGAAGAAGACGAAGGUAACCAUCGUGAUUCAAAAGCGUCUGCUGAUAAACCAAAUUCUCGAAAGGCAGCAGCAGCAGCUGGCGCAUCGGCUGAUAGUGGCGCAGAAGAUAGUGGCGACGACGAAGAAGAUGAUGAUGAUCAAGAAUAA